AUGGAGCUUCUGGAAGGAAGUGAACUCUGCUUUCCACAACUCCUCAACACCUCCUGCAGGAAGCCAAAGCAUCCGCUCACCGAGGCUGCACUUAUUUUCAGUCUGCUGUCCUUCAUCUCUCUGCUCACUGUGAUUCUCAACCUGCUGGUCAUCAUCUCCAUCUCACACUUCAAGCAGCUCCACAGCCCCACCAACCUCCUCCUCCUCUCUCUGGCUGUCUCAGAUUUCUUCGUGGGCCUCUUCAUGUUUUUUGAGAUGUUCCUUACAGACGGCUGCUGGUUAUUUGGUGACAUCAUGUGUAUUCUGCAUCUGUAUCUAUCAUAUAUUAUCACCUCAUCCUCAGUAGGAACCAUGGUGCUCAUAUCAGUCGACCGAUAUGUAGCCAUUUGUGACCCUCUGCAUUACCCGACCAUAGUCACAGUGAAAGGAGUAACAGUGUGUAACUGCCUUUGUUGGUUCUGCUCUGUUUUAUACAACAGUCUCAUCAUGAAGGAUAGCUUGAAACAACCAGGCAGGUAUCACUCAUGUACCGGAGACUGUGUUGUUGUCAUUCACUACAUAGCAGGAGUUGCUGACCUUGUUUUGACCUUCCUCGGCCCCGUCACCGUCAUUGUAGUUCUGUAUAUGAGAGUAUUUGUGGUGGCUGUGUCUCAGGCUCGUGCUAUGCGCUCUCAUGUUGCAGCUGUCACACACAAAAAAUCAGUCAAAGUAACUGCAAAAAAGUCUGAGAUGAAAGCAGCCAGGACUCUCGGUAUCGUCAUAAUCGUGUUUCUGAUAUGCCUUUGCCCGUUUUACUGUACCGCUCUUGCAGGCCAGGACAGCCUGUUUGGCGUCACCUCUUUCCCCAUUGAGACGUGGCUGUUCUUUUUUAACUCCUGUUUAAACCCAGUGAUCUAUGCUUUUUGCUACCCCUGGUUUCUAAAAUCUGUUAAACUCAUUGUUACAUUGAGAAUAUUUAAGCCAGACUCUUGUGAUGCCAACAUACUGUAG